AUGGUGCAAGCCAUCUGUUCCUUUGUGUGCACGAGCCGCGUUCCUCGUAAGUCUCCCAACUUAUCUUUCCUGAUUUUUGUGCUCAACUGUCCUUGGCACUCAUCUGCGAAGCGCAAGUGCUUCAUGAAAAACAGCCAGCGUGACUUUUGGGACAGCGUGGACGCGAACCUCCGCAGCUUGCGUGAGAAACUAGGAGGUGAUGAGACGAAGAUCAGCGACUAUUUUCAUGACACAUUGAAGGAGGAUCGCCGCAUUCAUGGUGUAGAAAACAUGGCAGAAUCGGCUUCGCUCCCUCGGACCGCCAACGUGUGGCAACGGGAAAUUGACGAGAUUGUCAAUAAUGCCGAUUAA